CGUAGAUUUUGAAUGCCUCCGGGACAAAAUAAAUCCUUUCUUGGAACCAGCUGUGCUUCGCUAGCUUUCCCCGUUCAGGUUACUCCGCGGCGGUUCUGGCAUUCACGUCGAACUGUCGAAGUACGAGUAAUGAGCAAUGAGCAUAGCUCUGCGCUUGAAAACUGUUCUGCGUGCAACCACCAAAAGGCUUCGAUUAUAGAUACAACAAUGUCUACGUAGAACGGUAGAUGCUUUUUUGAAUUCUCCGUAUGACAAGACUGAACGCCGGUGUUUCAGUUGUUUUGUCUUUGCUUUCCCGGUCGUCUUACUCUCGCUUUCUUAUCUCUGACUCUCGCUCUCCCUUACUUUUUGAAUAUUUCCGAUGCCUGCCUUAUUCAAUUUCCAGAACGUCGACUUCCCCACGGGUCUGGACGUCCGCGACAAAGCCUCCGGGCUGUUCCACUGCGGUUUUGUCAGCGACGCCACCGAAACGACACUCACGCUCGAUUUCCAAUCCCCCCUCAAACUCCCCGCCAUAUUCCCCCUGGAGCAGGUCUUCGAGAAGGGCGGAGAUUUUGAUGAUGAAGAUGACUUAAAAGAGCAUCUCACCAGCGGCACACAGGUCGAAGUGCCGUUGUAAUUAAUCGGACGAGGCGCCCAUCACCUGGUACCCAGGGAAAAUUGUUAUAGGCGAAGCGGACGCCUACGCAAUCGUCGAAUUCGACGUUGACGAUGACAGAGAGAAGAAUAAAACCAAAGUUAAGGAACUGUUCCAUCCGGAUCUCCUGCGCAACUCCAAGGAGGAACGGACCCCCGUAGAUGCAGGGACGUUCCGUCGGACGGAGAUCCCUUUGAAGAAGACGCUGGUGGAGAAGCUGGAGGCGUUGAUGAAGAGGAAGAAGGGAGCGGAGCGGUUGCAUGAGAUGUGGAAGGCGCGCGGGGUGUGUCGCGCUGAUGUGGAUGCGCACCGGGCGCUGCUGAUUUUCCGCAGCGGAAAGGAUGAUCUGGAUGAGGCGUUUGUGGAGGAGACGGUGGAGAGUGUCGAGAAGAAGGGGACGAAGCGGGAUGCAGAGGGGCAGGAGAAGGGAUGUGCUUCCGAGACGAGCAAGGGCGAUGCCGAAACAUGCCAUCCAUCCAAAACCCACGUGACCCUCAGUAAGGCGACCUUGGGAGGCUUUUCGCGAGGAUUCAAUUACUGCCAGGACGUGGAUGCCACUACGAAGGAGGUCACCUUCGAGGGCGGGGCGUCCGACCGUAACGACGGAUGGCUACUGCACUGCACAUUGGGCAUUCUCUUCGGCAAGGACAUCCAUCUAGACAAGUUGACACUUUCCAAGACAUACCCGAUUUUCGGCGAUAUCGUCGAGAACACCGAGGACACCCUAAAAAUCAACGCCCGCUUGGCGGCGGUGGCCCAGAAGCCGGUUAUCCGGGAAUGCAAGGUCUCGCAGUUCAUUUAUUCCGUCAAAAAUGUGUCGUCGGGUCUGGUGGACACGGAGGCGGUGGUGGAGGAGGCCGAGUUGGAGCUGCAUGGGGAGGACGCCGUGAGCAGGGCGUUGACCGUGUUUGAGGAGGUUGUGGAGGAAGUGGAGGAGCGCCUUAAGGAACGGCUGAAGAAGGGAUUCAAGAAGUAUCCUGAAAAAUCGGUGAAGAUUCUAAAAAAGUGGGAACCAAAGCGUUUCUGUGAACUGAAAGAGGCGGAUUUAAAAAGUGUGGUUGUUUCAUCGCUGAAGAAAUUGACACAGAUGGCGAUCCUUUACACAUUCUUGUGAUGUUUCGAAAUCUCGAAUCUCGUAGCUCAUCUGUCGACAUUCUCUUCUCUGCUCCAUGGAUCUGCGCGAGAUCUGUUUUCAUGCAUUUAUUUUAGCCUGUUCAGGAAUUGCCAAUUUUUAAUUUUAUUUGAUUUUAUUUGCAUAUGAAACGGCAAUAAGUAGUGAUAAGAAAAUUAAUGUUUAUAUUCGAUUUAAAAUGUUUUUGUUAAUUCUAGAAUCUCGGGUACAGUAUUGGUUUUUCGGUGAUGCCUGUGGUUUACAUCCCGGUAAAUAUAUUUUUAUUUUUGUGAUUUCGCGAUUAAUUAUUUUACUCAUGGAUCACUUAUGAGCAAGCGAUCCUGCUUUUUUCUGGGCACGUUACCCGGCAUAUUUUAUGCCGCUUCGAUAAGUGAACGAAAUAAACGAAUU